CUGCUGGUCUUUUGUGAGAACCUGUGGCAGCAUACGACGUCGAUCCUGGUGUCGCUGUUGGUUUUGUGCGACGCGUACCCGGACAUAGACAUCGCUAGUCUGAGCUAUCACGACUUCGCGUUGCCUGAACAAACACGCAUGACUACAGCAGAAUUUGGGGCCGGCAACCCGAAGAACAAACGCGUCAUUGGGACCAUUCACAUCGACCGAAACGGGGUAGCCUUUCUAGUUGAUAAGACG